AUGACAGCGCUAGACUCUGGAAAUUGGGGAUUGACACCUGCUAUGGAAACGGGUUUGUUCCAGAAACCACAGGACCGCAUCUUUAUAAUAGAGUUGGAAAAUUCCAUAGUAUCAUUUAUCAACUCGAACACGGAAUCAUUUCAAUUGAGACCGAUGAAUUCAUAUUAUAGACUUUUGUCACAUCAAAUUGCAGAGUACCACAACUUGAACCAUGUUUUAGCCAGAACUCAAGACAGUUGUGUGAUCCUUUUCAAAGGUGUGAACUUUAAAAAAACGGAGGGCAAACCUCUAUUACAAGAGUUACAGCUAAGUAAAAAACCAGAAAGAACUGCUUUCUCGAAUGAGAAUAUCGAGAAGUCAAACAACAAUAAAAUAUUUCGAAUUUUGAAACGGAAAGAGGUAGGUAACGAGCGUGAUUACAAAACGGAUGGUAGUAUAAAUUUAUCGAGUAAUAAUUUAGCAACAAAUUCCGACCAGGAACAAAAAGUCGAAACUGAUGACAAAUCGAGUACUGAUUUGGAGAAAGAACGAAUUGAAAAGGAAAGACUCUACGAACAGCGCAAACAAGAAAUUUUUGACAAGCUUAACAAAAAUGAAGACGAUGGAAAAUCAACCAACAGUAGUAGUAGUAACGAUAGUGACAAUGAGUGGAGUGAUUGGCUGAACAGUGAUGACGCUAAUACACAAACAAGCAACGGUUCAAUCAGCUCCCAACCACCAUUCAAUCCAUACACAACGACAACCCAAUCAAACAAGCCCCAUCAACAAUUUCAUGAUUGUCGAAGAGGUAGAGGAGGAAAAAGAAGGGGUACAGGCAAUUACAAAGACACAUAUCGAGUUCAAAAUCGUAGGAACAAGGAAAACGGUGGUUAUCAAUCGGGAUAUCCAUCGCCUUACCUUAUGUAUUCUCCUUCCCAAAUGGGCGGUAAUAGUCUGCCAAGCUACCCUAUGAUGUACAAUCCGACUGGUCCUACUCCCAGUCCUGCGUCCACACCCAUGAUAAUGGGCACGAACGCAGUCUUUAUGAGCCCUUAUAUGUACAACAUGAAUACACAAGGAUCAUGUUCUUUUGGUACCCCGGUUCCUAUGUACCCAUCAUACCAAUAUCAAUAUCAAUAUCAAUACAACCCCCAAUAUCCGAACGGAUCGUACAGUAAUACACCAAACUAUAACUCUAACAAUUAUACAAGGUCCUCAGCAAAUAAGUAUAACCAAGCUCAGAGAAAAAAUUCAUCUUCUACUGAAGUUUUGAAAUGUGACGACGAUAGCAACAAUGAGGAAAUUCGUAGCGUUGCUGUCAAGGGUACGCCGCUAACUAAAGACACCAAUUCAACUGAGAGCAAGUUUAGCAAAUUAAAUAUUUAG